AUGGCUAGCUGGCGAGGUGAUACCGUAGGUCGAGGAUGGCAGGGGGGAGAUGGAGAAGAUGGGAGUUGGAGAGGCAGAAAUAAAGGCUCAGGAGGUACUGGAAGACAAAGUUCUCGUAAAAGCUUUGGUUCGCAUGUUCGCGGUCGCGGUCGUGGUAUUGGAGAAAGAGGUCUGGGUAAUCCCAAUCGAUUGGAUGAAAUAUGCUGGAGCUUUCAAAGGACAGGCAAAUGCUCACGCGGAUCGCGGUGCAGAUUUUCUCACGAAGUCUCGAAUGCCGAUGAAGUGUUUCAACAACCUCGUUCAAGGCCCGAGGAGACAUUGGACCUACAGGAAGCGAGAAACACUUAUUCUAGUUGGAAGUACCUCAUCAAGUCUCACCCUAGACCCAACGAUAUCCGAACUAUAGAAAUGCUGUGGCAAGGUGCUCUUAAGAUUUUGGAUGGCGAAGACCGAGACAAUAAGCAGAUGGUCCCUCAAGAUCUAGAAAACGACAACUUUUUUGGUCGCGAACACAUUCGAGUCCUUCUGGGGAUGACUACUCAUACGAAUGGCGCAGGAACAUAUGUUAAACUUGUGCAGCCUUUCCUAUCUGUCAUGGCACAUCAGGCAUUAUUGGACUGCUUGUCUAUCGACACUUGUGUGGGGAACCUCUACAACUUUAUCAGCGGCAGUAAUGGGUCUCGUGCGAUCCCUUUCUUUCAAACUCUAAUCACUAAUUUGCUGGAGAUCCAUUAUUCCUCCAGCCAGGCUUCCACCGAUGAGAUAGAGAAGACUUUGAUCGCAAUUUCUACUUGCCUUCGAGAACUUCUUAGACGAGAGCGACAUGCAUUGUUCCAUGAUGACCUCCCCAAUCUUGUGACUUCACUCGAGACUUCUGUGGCUAUCAUUGGUGUCGAUCGAAAUUCGGCAGCUUUCGCCAUAAUUCCAUCUCGCAUUCAAGAGAUUCAAGGCAUGAUAGCCCGAGCUAAAGGACUUCUUUAUCAAGAAGAUCAGCAGCAGAUUGAUGGUGUCUCUACCGCAGUCGUAUCGACAUAUCCCCGGGAGAUGACUUUACCGCAAGGAAGACAUGACAACGACAAGAUGGACAUCACAAGUAUCAGGAUUUUGCCGACCGAGGAGGAAAUUCGUAGCGAAGCUGUCGAAUUCCUGCCUUCAACAGAUGUCGAUCAGGAUCACUUCCUAGUGGACCCUGCAGCAAGACUGUUAGAUACACACUUUCGAUUGUUAAGGCAUGACAUUUUUGGUGAACUCAAAUCUGUUCUCGGUGGUCUCAUCCUUUCCAUUGAAGCGGAGCCAUCGCUACUGGAAAAAUCGAGGCUCAAUUUUGCAAAUAUUAGAGCACACUCUUAUGCAAAAGCACAAGUAGCCGAAAUUACCUUCAACCAUCGACGAGGCCUGGAAGUCCAAGUUUCAUUCUCUCAUCCUCCACAAUUGGCCAAAAAAUCUAAAAAAGACAGGGGAAAGUGGUGGGAAGAGUCGAAGCGACUCGCCGAAGGCGUUUUACUGUGUUUACUCUCAUUCAAUGGAACGAAAUGCACUCCGUUAUUUUUAACCGUCACAAAAAAGUCUACGGGUCCCGAAUUGGAUUAUAACUUGAUUUCAAACGAAUCACGAGCGAUUGUUACUGCAAAACUUGCCACUGGAAGUUCAAAUGAUUUCGAGAGUCUGACGCUGUUGAACUCAAGCUCAGCUAGAGGAAUUCUGGUAGAACUUCCUAGUGUGAUUCUCGCCACUUUCACGCCUAUCCUUGAAAACCUCCAAGACAUGCAAAGACUAAAUCGAUUACCUUUUCGUCGAUGGAUUUUGCCAGACCGUCGACAGUUUGGUAGUUCAGCUACCCUGGAUAUACCACCCCCGUUAUAUGCCCGCGGAUUAAAAUUUACGUAUUCGCUAGACUCAAUAUUGCAAAAUAGGUCAAAAGGUCAUCUUCUAAUCAAAACUUCAGAAUCCUCGGUCGAUGAUGCCGGACUCAUUGAUGAAAUUGAACAACGAACGGAACUCGAUCGUGGGCAAAGUGAAGCAUUACUUGCUGCUCUUUUACGAGAGUUCUGCCACAUUCAGGGACCUCCAGGCACAGGAAAGUCAUUUCUGGGCGUAAAGCUUGUCAAAGUUUUAUUAUCGUGCAAGACGGCGAGACUUGGUCCCAUAAUUAUCGUUUGCUACACGAACCAUGCUCUUGACCAGUUUCUUGAGCACUUGGUACAAUCCGGCAUUGAGAAAGUAAUUCGAAUAGGUGGACAGAGUAAAUCGAAGAUCCUAGAUGGAAAAAAUCUUCGAGUGGUCUCUCAAGGUGAGACUACGACCAAGCCCGAAAGUAACACACUUAGAACCAGCCACUUGGCAUUGGAAAAUGAAGAAAAUUAUGUGGAAAAGCUUCUUCGACGAUUGAAUGGACUUGGAGAUUAUCCAGAUUGGGGAUCAUUAAAGGACUACGUCGCUCGACACUAUUAUAAGAUCUACCAACAAUUCGACAGGAUUGAUGAGGAUGGCUUUGAAAUGGUUGGUGGUGAGCCUUUCGAUUUAUGGCUCAGGUAUAACACUGAAAUGGAGGGACAAGCACCAGUGUUUUCGGAGACACAUACAAUAGAUGACUUGAUAGAGUUCGCAAAUGUCAAUGUGCACGCACUAUAUGGCAACGAAAGGAUCAUUCUUGUCAGACAUUUGGCAGAAGAAGCGCGUAAAGAAGUUACGAACGACUUAUUUGAGUCCAUAACUCGGACCAUGGAACAUAACCAGACAAUACAGAACGUAUACUCCGAUAAAGACCGGCGUGUAUUACAGGGAGCGGAUAUCAUUGGGGUAACUACAACUGGUCUUGCAACGAAAAUGUCAACUUUGAAACACGUCAAAGCGAAAGUAAUUGUCUGCGAGGAAGCGGGGGAGGUUCUUGAGGCUCAUAUGCUGUCUGCGCUUCUACCAAGCGUUGAACAUGUAAUCUCUAUUGGAGACCACGAGCAGCUCCGCCCCUCUACAAACAACUACAAUUUGUCUCUUGAAAGCCAAGCGGGAGCUCCGUAUAAACUAGACCGCAGUCAAUUCGAGAGGUUAUCUGUUGGCGACCCCGGACGGCUCACCCUUCCAGUGGCUCAAUUGAAUAUUCAGCGUCGCAUGCGCCCUGAUAUAUCGAAAUUAAUCAAGACAAUAUACCCAAGGUUGGUUGAUCACGAUGUAACUAAAAUUCUCGCAGACGUAGUUGGAAUGCGAAAAAAUACUUACUGGCUUGACCACACAAACUUCCAGGACAACGCAAAUGGAGAUGAUGCCGACAAAAAGUCCCAUAGCAAUAUAUGGGAAGUAGAAAUGACAGCGGCACUUGUAAGGCACAUAGUUCGACAAGGUAUUUACAGUAGUAGUGAUAUCGCUGUUUUGACGCCUUACAGUGGACAAUUACAAAAAUUGCGGAAGCAUAUGGGCAAAGAAUUUGAGAUUGUUUUAUCUGAACGCGAUCAAGAAGUUCUUGCUAGGGAUGGUUUUACUACAUCAGAUGAAAAGCCUGACACCCCGACGUCAACAUCUGGAGACAGAAAACCUCUUGAGAAGAAGAACUUGAGUGAACUUCUUCGUAUUGCCACUGUCGAUAAUUUCCAAGGUGAAGAGGCGAAGGUUGUCAUCGUUUCUUUGGUUAGAAGUAACAAGGAGAAGAAUGUGGGAUUUCUCAGAACCACCAACCGCAUCAACGUCCUUUUGAGUCGAGCUCAACAUGGUCUAUAUCUCAUUGGUAAUUCUGACACAUAUUCCAGCGUAGCCAUGUGGAAGCACGUUUUAGGUAUGCUACGGGAGACCAAUUCCGUCGGUAACUCAUUCGCUCUUUGUUGCCCUCGUCAUCCCGAAACCGAGAUCCAAGUUUCCGAGCCAGAUGAUUUUGCAAGAUGGAGCCCCGAAGGUGGUUGCAAUCUAUCUUGUAACAAACGCUUACCAGAUUGCGGACAUCAAUGUACAGCUCGUUGUCACUCGGAUAGCAUGCAUCAAGCUUUCAGAUGUCCAAAGCCGUGCGAACGCCUUCAUGAGCCUUGUGGACAUUCGUGCCAAAAGAACACCUGCGGAGAAGAUUGUGGACUGUGUCAUUUCAAACUGGACAACAUCCAGCUUCCGUGCAGUCACUCUAAGGAUGGGGUCUCAUGUCAUUUGACACUAGACCUAAACAAGAUUCCAUGUUUAGUUAUGUUAGAAAGAGAAGUUCCCGACUGUGGUCAUAUAGUUACUGUUACAUGUUCUCGAGAUGUUGAAUCACCGACCUUUAGCUGUCCCACGAUCUGUGGUAAAAUUUUACCAUGUGGGCACACAUGUGGUUCGACUUGUGGCCAAUGCUGCAACAAAAAGGAUGGAGAAGUGAUAGUUACUGAGCAUCGACCAUGCAAAAAGCCAUGUAGCCGUGCCUUCGGAACCUGCAAUCAUAAUUGCCAGCGAGCCUGUCAUUCAGGACGAGAGUGCGGAUUGUGUUCAUCGAACUGUGAGGUUCAAUGCUCGCACUCUAAAUGUACAUUGAAAUGUUACGAAGCUUGCGCACCAUGUAUAGAACUAUGCACAUGGUCAUGCAAGCAUGAAGGUACUUGCAAGAUGCCAUGUGCUGGUCCAUGCGAUAGAUUGCCAUGCAAUAAACGUUGUUUACUACAGCUUUCUUGCGGUCACCAAUGCCCCGGGAUUUGUGGCGAAUUAUGCCCACGCGACUAUUGUCAAAUAUGCUCCACAAAACAAGACCAGCGAGUCGACCUUCUUGAGUUGAAAUUAUACAAAGAGAUUGACCUUGAGGAUACUCCGAUAAUUGCGCUUGCUUGUGGUCACUUCUUCACAGCAGAAUCACUCGAUGGGUUGGUCGGUAUGUCUGAAGUCUAUGAACAAAACAUCCAUGGAGAUUUCACGGCAAUCAAGGAAACCACCUCACUGGCAUCAUCUAUUCCUCAGUGUCCAGAUUGUCAAUGUCCUCUUCGACAAUACGCAACCCCACGAUACAACCGAGUCAUAAAUCGGGCUGUCAUCGAUGAAAUGUCCAAACGAUUUCUUGUGAGUGGCCAAGUCGAACUUCUGGAGUUAGAAAGAAAGAUUCUUCAUUUGGAAAAGGAAUUUGAGAAUUCUGCACCUGGGUUGAUCCAGGCACUAGAAGGUACAUGGGGAGAAAUCAACGUAUCUGAAUUGCUUAAGGAUCGAGAUAAUAAGUCGAGACAAUUAGAAAAAACGGUGAUGAGAUUUUGCGAGAGGUUCAAGGAUAAGCAUCAACCUGCUACGAAACUUCAUAAUGCUAUAAUAACCUCAAAGAGACAGCAACCGCUCGAAAAUGUCUUGGGUGGCCUCUCAAUUGCGGAGGGGGUCGGAAAAUCUCCGAGAGACCGAAGAAUCGCUUUUGCGGGAACUGGUGCCAUGCUUAAAGUCCAAUACCUCACCUUGGCCGAUAGAUUUCCGAUAGCUCAGAAGCUCCGUUCACGUGAUUCCACCAUCAAAAUAUCUGGCGGGCCUCCAGACCAACUUGCGAAGCCCUUUUUUAAAUCUUGCCUCUCAUACAUCGAGUCAUGUCGCGAUGAAAGUCUGCCAAGACUAGCCGUCGAGGGCAUACUCUAUUUUGCGAAGAUAGCUCGCCUAUUCGAUUUGUAUACUCGCUCUAUCGCCAAUCCUGAAGCGGGGGGUAACAAAUUUCCUUCUCAGACAGAAAAGGCCAAAAGUCUAUUGGACGAAGCAAAGGAACUUUGUGGAGAGGGGUUCCAAAGUGCGGACUCGCUACUGAUUGCUGUUGAAACAUUGAUCAGGCAUUUAGGUAGAGAAUGGUACGAAGAGGUUACUAAAGAAGAGUUGGAUGCUAUUAGGAAUGCUAUGGUCUCUGGGAGAGGAGGGAUUGCUACACACAGUGGUCAUUGGUAUGAAUGCAAGAAGGGACAUCCGUUUGCGAUAGGUGAAUGUGGAAUGCCAAUGGAAGAGGCUAGGUGUCCGGAGUGUGGUUCGAGAAUUGGCGGACAAAGGCAUGAUUUCGUCGAAGGUGUUGUGAGGUCAGAGAGAAUGGAGAGAUGA